CAGAUUGUCACCUAACAGAAAUUCAUUUCUCAUUGACUGGUAGUUUCCCUGCUAGGACAAACGCUUCUUUCUUCAUGAAAGCUUCAAUCACAAACCACAGAGACCUAUUCAUCUCAUGGAAACACCUUCGCAGAUUCGUGAUUUACACUCGCGUAACAUUUCUCUCCUCGUGGAAAUUGAGACUCUUCGUGCAUCCAACCAAAGUCUCCAAUCAGAAUUGACACAAAAGGAUGAACUCCUUCACCAAACUCAGCUGCAGAAGGACGAUGCUCUCAAGAAAUACGUUGAUCUUUCGAAGGAAAGAGACACACUUCGUGUCGCGAUUCAGAGACUUGAGGAUGAUUUCUACGAAGAAACAGAGAGAAUUAGGACCGAGCUCGAGGUUUCUAGGAAGAAAGCUGAGGAACUAGUAGCUGAGAAAAGAGAACAAUCAGAAGUUUGUUCGCGUAACUUGGAGAUCAUGCAAUCAGCGAAGCAUGGCUUAAUGAGGUUAGUUGAGAAUCUUGAUUUGACUCCUAAUAGAUCGGGAGAUUCUGAGUUAAAGAGCGAAAAGACAAAACUGUUGAAUGAAAAAUCUACCGUGUUUUCUUUGGUUGUGGAGCUGGUGAACUUGGUCGAGGAAAAAUGGGGAGAGUAUGAGGAGACGAGGAAAAAGGAGAAGAGAGAAUUGGAGAAGAGUGUGAUGAGUUUAACAGAGGAGAAUCGAGAUGCUAGUAGCUUGCUUAAAAUUGCUUUGGUGGAAAAGGAAGCGGCGGAGAAGAGUUUGAACAGAUUAAGAGGCAAUACUGAACAGAAGAAAGCAGCCAUUUUGCAGAUUGCAGAGAGAGGGUUACAAAGAGUUGGAUUUGGGUUCGGGUUUAUGAUGGGAAGUGCAACCACUGAAACAUCUUCAGAUAAUGAUGAAUGUGAAAAAGAAGCUGUUACUCUGGCCUCAACUGUAGAAACAAUAACAAAGAAGUUAAGAGUUGAAAUCACACAGUUGCAGAAGUCGUUGGAGGAAUCUAGGUCAGACAUGGAGUCUCUGCAGCAUCUAUCAGACAAACAAAGUCAGAAACUAGCAGAAAAUAUGAUCUACAUUAAAGAAUUGGAAGAUAAGAAAAUGAUGCUUACUCAAAAGGUUGAAGAACUCAUGAACGAAAAUAAAGAAGCUGAAGAAGAAAUUUCUAGAUGGAGAGCGGCUUGUGAAAUGGAAGUGGAAGCUGGAAAGAAAGCUAUUAAGGAGAACAAAGAACUGGCCAAUAUUCUGAAAGAAGAACUAGAAAAGACCAGAACUGCUUUACGUACUACAAAUAGCAUGUUGAAACUGAAAGAUGAACUAGAGGAGGCAGCCAUCUGUGCCAGGGAAGCAGCUGAGAGAGAUCUCCAGCUUGCGGACAGCAGGGCUACUGAGCUACGUAAGCAGAUUGUGGAGCUAACAAAACAAUUAGAAGUUGCAGGGAAAAAGGAGCAAAUAAAUCGCCGUAGAGUAAGGCAUGUGUGCUGGCCAAUGCGAUCUCUCAAGUUCUGCGAUGCUACUAAUACAACUGCUGCACGAAAUGUUACACGGAUGCUACCAGAAAUGCAAGCAUUUAUCCGUAACACUUGAACUUUUAGCCUUCAGUUAAAUGUUGUUCAUGAAUUUCUGCUUCCAUCUAGUGAAGGAUACUGCUACAGUUGAAUAAUUCUUGUUUCUGAA